AUGUUGAUAUAAAUAAAUAUUACAUUGUGCAUUUUUGUUUUUUUAGAGUCCAAAAACUUCUCUACUAUUAAAAUAAUGGAUCAAUUCGCACCGCAUUUAAAGAAUAUCAGAGUGGCUAAUAACAACAGCAAAGUUUAUAAAGAUGAGUGCGUCUUUUCUUUCGAUAAUCCUGAGUCCGACACGGGAUUGUACGUGAGUUUAACCACCUUCCUCGGUUUCGGCCGAGAUCACGUCGAAAGGUACUUCAAUAAAACCAAUCACGGCGUAUUUUUGCACAUACGGAGAGAAAAAUACGAGGUUUCAUCACCACAACAGGGGGAUGGACCUGAGAAAAAAAUCACCCGUUUAGCGAUAGGAGUGGCUGGAGGAUUUGAUCCAGCUUCUAGUAAAAAAUUCGAGUACGAAGAGUUCUACGAAGUGGUAAUUUUGCCUAACUUCGUCGCUUUUAAAUGGCCCAACGACGAACUACCCGAUGCUGUCAAGCAAUCCGUUAAAGCCAUAAUAGACUUGCCUUCGGCUAGUAAAUUAGCCGAAAUCGAAGCUCUGAGCGGCACGUGGGACGGCGAAGUUAGAGCAGUAUCGAAAUACGCAAACGAUCUUAAACAACUCGACAAUGGCAUUAAAAUUUCACCUACCGGAUGGAAAUGUGAGAAAUGCGAUAAGACUGAUAAUCUGUGGCUGAAUCUCACUGAUGGUACUAUUUUAUGUGGUAGAAAAUUCUACGAUGGUUCAGGCGGUAACAAUCAUGCCAUCGAGCAUUACAGUACCACCGGUUAUCCUUUAGCCGUAAAAUUGGGUACUAUUACUAAAGAGGGUAAAGGCGAUGUCUUUAGUUAUGCCGAAGAUGAUAUGGUAGAAGAUCCUAAUUUGAUACAGCAUUUAGCUCAUUGGGGUAUUAAUAUUGCCAAUAUGGAAAAAACCGAGAAAUCAAUGCUGGAAUUGGAGUUGGAAUUGAACCAAAAAACCAACGAGUGGGCUGCAUUGCAAGAAAGUAAAGGUGCUUUGAAACCGAUUUACGGUCCGGGCUUCACUGGCCUAACAAACAUGGGCAAUUCCUGUUACCUAAACAGCGUUAUGCAGAUGCUCUUCAUCGUACCAGAUUUUAUAGGCAAAUAUUACGAAAACGGCAACGAAUUCUUCAACGAUGCCGGCAUGGAAGCUCCCGAAGACUUCAAUAUACAAAUGGCGAAAUUAGCGCACGGUUUACUAUCAGGCAAAUAUUCAGUACCGCCGCCUCCGGGCUCGCCCGUAGACGCCGAUCCUCCCGGAAUAUGUCCGCAGAUGUUCAAGAGCCUGAUCGGCCGAGGCCAUCCGGAGUUCUCCACCAAGAAACAACAGGACGCCCAGGAGUACCUGUUUCACAUUCUCACGCUGAUCGAACGCCACUCGAAGAACUCCCUUAACCCGGGCGAUUGCUUCAAGUUUCAAGUGGAAGAGAGGUUCCAAUGCGGCACCAGCAAAAAAGUGAAGUACUUGACGCGAUCGGAGCUCAUUUUGUCGCUCUCGAUACCCACCGAUGCUGCUGUUAAUAAGGAUGAGGUAUUUGCUUAUGAGCUGAAGAAAGCCGAAGCGGAAUCCCAAGGGAAGCAUUUGGAUCCCGAUUCGCUCGUACGACCUAAAAUCAAAUUCUUCUCCUGCUUGGAAUCCUUCAUGCAAUCGGAAGUUAUCAGCAAUUUCUACAGUUCAGCCGUUAAGGAGAACGUCACGGCUCGCAAAACAACGAGAUUAUCCUCGUUUCCCGAUUACCUCGUCAUACAUCUCAAGAAGUUUAUGCUGCGCGAAGAUUGGGUGCCGAUCAAACUGGACGUCUCCAUCGAAAUGCCGGAUUUGCUGGACAUUUCGACCCUCCGGGGCGCCGGUCCGCAGCCCGGAGAGGAACUCCUGCCCGAGCUGGAGGUCCAGCCGCCGGCUCCCGCCAUGGACGAGGGUGUUAUCAAUCAAUUGACCGAUAUGGGUUUCCCGAUCGAAGCUUGCAAACGGGCGAUAUUCAAUACUGGUAAUUCGGGAUUGGAGGCGGCUACGGCUUGGAUAAUGGAGCACAUAGCCGAUUCGGAUUUUACGGAUCCGUUCGUGCAGCCGGGCCUGGAGUGCUCGAAAUUCGAACCGAAUCCCGAGGCUUUGUCGACGAUCGUAGCGAUGGGUUUCACGCCGGAGCAGGCCAAGAAGGCGCUGAAGGCUACGGAGAACAACGUGGAGAGGGCCAUGGAUUGGAUAUUCUCGCAUCAGGAUGAUCUGGACGAUGUGAAAUCGCCGGCGCCUCCGACUUUCAGGGACGGCGAUGGAAAGUACAAAUUGGUGGGUUUCAUAUCGCAUAUGGGCACUUCGACGAUGGUAGGGCACUAUGUCGUCCAUUUGCUAAAGAACGGCCAAUGGAUUAUAUUCAACGAUAAUAAAGUGGCUAUAUCUGAACAUCCGCCGAAAGACUUAGGUUAUAUGUAUUUGUACGAACGAAUGUAAUUGUUUUCCUUUUUUUUUUUGUGGAAUAUUUUCAAAAAAGAUUCAGCUCAGGUGGGAUAUUAAAAACGGUGUAUCAAAUUUUUAUUUUAUUUUGGCAUGAUUAAUUUCGUAAAGGAAUAUUAAUUUAUCGAUCCUGAGAGUGAUUUUUUGUUGAAGUUAUUUUACGUUUUAUUGCUAAUAAAUUUAUCGCAGGCU